GAUUCACAUCAUGUAGGUCAAUCCAAAGGGACAUGCAAUUUUAUGACUGGACUAAGCUUUAGCUUAGACUUACCUCAAACUAAUAGUAAUGUCAUGAAAACUACAUCUUUACCCUGGAGGCUCGAGCUCUUAAAUUUCUGCAAAAAUUGACAACAAGCGCAGCCAGGCUAUGUAGAAGUCUAUGUAACAAACGUGUCUUUGUAGUAAGGAGGAUGGCUGUCUAGAGUAGUAAGAUAACUGAUACCCUACACUUCCGGGUUUGUACAAAUUUAUUCCAUCUACUUUUCCAUAGACUUUAACUACUGCACAAAACAACACAAACACAUUACAACAGAUACAUUAAAAAUAGCUGCUAAAUUAACCUGGCAUAUGUUACAAAAUUAAAUUAGAUUAAAUAAAAAAUAAUAAUAACAUGCGGUAUUGACAGGCCUGGCUCUAUGAAGUUUAUGGCAAAGAGCCUUUCUGCGCAUAUGGAUGAUUUCUCUGUCUUGUCAGUGACUAGAGUCUCUACUGUGCUUUAACUGUUUUCUGUUGUUUCUACUGUCGCCUGCUGUCAUAGUCUAUGCUGCUGUCAUAGUGUACGCUGCUGUAGACAUACGGUCUGUGGCUGUAGGCUCAGUCUAUGCUCACAGGCUUUGGGAUAGAACAGAAAUCGCGCAUAGUGAAUAAUUAAAGUCGGGGGCGUGUCGAGAGGGUGGUCCACAGUUGUUAAUAUAAAAUUCUUGCUAGGAAACUAAACACACACAACAAUCAAAAUGGCUUCGAUCCCUGGGCUGCGAGUGUUUCUUCUCGUUUUAUUUUCUGUAUUCCUCACCGUGGUUUUAGGUUUUGGGCUGCCUGCUUCGCUUAACGCGGUCAUGUGGCUGCUCGGAUUACCACAGACCAGUGUAACGGAAUGCAUCGUUGGACUUUAUUUAAUUUUUGUUGCAUUUGUUGCAAUGCCCAGACUUCCCAGGGGAUGGGUAAAGGUGGAUGGCAAAGCUGUAUUGGUCACAGGUUGCGACAGUGGGUUUGGACUGGCACUUGCCAAACAUUUACACAAGCUUGGCUUCACAGUGUUCGCUGGCUGCCUCCUGAAGGACAAAGGAGGAGAGGGUGCCAAGGAGCUGGAGGAGAUGCACUCAGACAGAAUGAGAGUGCUGCAGCUGGAUGUGUGCAGUGAUGAGCAGACAAACCAGGCUGUGGAACACAUCAAACACUGUUUGGGGGACCCAGAGAAAGGGCUGUGGGCAGUGGUCAACAAUGCUGGUGUGUCCACGUUUGGAGAGGUGGAGUUUACCUCCAUUGACACCUACAGACAGGUGUAUGAGGUGAACCUGAUAGGCACCAUCAGAAUCACUAAAGCUGUGCUGCCUUUGAUCCGCAGAGCAAAAGGCCGAGUGGUGAAUAUAGCCAGCAUGUAUGGGAGGAUGGGAAACAUCAUGCGUUCACAGUACUGUAUGUCCAAAUAUGGUGUGGAAGCCUUCUCCGAUUGUCUUCGAUACGAGAUGAAAACCUGGGGCGUUAAAGUGUCAGUUAUUGAACCAGGCAACUUCAUCGUUGCCACAGGAAUCCUAACUCGGGACAUUGUGGGAAACACAUCCAACAAACUGUGGACUGAGGCCCCUCCCAUUGUGAAAGAGGACUAUGGUAAAGCUCACUUUGAGCAUCAGAUGGCUCUCAUGCGCUCCUAUUGUAAUAGCGGACAGAAGGACAUGGCCUCUGUUUUAGAUGACAUCAUUGACGCCAUAACAUCUAAGCGCCCGUACACGCGCUAUCUGCCCAUGGAGCCACACUUGUGGAUCAGAGUCCAGCUCAUGACUCACCUGCCUGGUGCGAUAUCUGACUUCUUGUAUUUCUAACUCAGCUUAUUCUGAAAUAAGUAACAUAGAAGGCUGCUGGAUAAUAUUGCACACUGAAGAUGAUUUGAUUGUAUUGAUGAUUUAUUUUAUAUUUUCAGAUAAUUGUGUUUAUAUUGACAGUGAACUGGUAAUCUGAACUGAUAAGGAAAAACAUAUGCAUGUGUUGUGCAUUUUGUAUCAUUACAGUGAUUGGUGAGGAUGGGUUUUUCUCUGCCCUGGUGAGAACUGGCACUGUCUGAUGUGAUUAUGUAACAGCACAACCGUCACCCCACUGUUUCUGUCUACUUCUGCUGUGAUUAUCUAGAGUGAAUUUAUGGUUUUGUGAGUGCCUUUUUCUAUGAAUGAAAGUUUAUAUAAAAUUAAUGCUUCUUGGCUGAAUAUAAACAAGCGUUUAAAACAAA